AUGGCCUUCAGUGUGCUACAGACAAUAUGCAUUACCAUCGCCGCGCGCAAUGGCUAUGGGGAAGCAGAAAGUGCUUCCUCACAAGAGCGAAUUGAUAUAGCUCUGAAGUCUGUUUAUGCCGCAGAAAUGCUAUACGUUGCAAGCUUGACUUUCUCCAAGCUAAGCGCCCUGGCAUUCAUGACCUUUCUUAUGCAGCGCACCCGCAAGGCUGAAUGGGUACUCAUUGCAUUAAUCAGCGCCUGGGCUGUGGCGGCGGAAUUUGCCGUAGCUUUUCAAUGCGAUCUUCCGCAGCCAUGGAGAUGGAAUCAGACGAGAUGUUUUAAUCGAGAUGCCUGGUGGAUGGUUUUCGGGGCGUUCAACAUUCUAAGUGAAGUUGCCCUGAUUCUAGUACCUAGUAUGCUCAUACUCCGGAUUCAAAUGGCGGUUCCUAGGAAGGUAGUUGCCAUCGCCUGCUUUCUCACUCGCUUCUUGGUCAUCGUUGCGAUCAUUCUUGAGCUUGUAUAUCGCCAUCAAAACAAUCACGCCUCAGACCCCCUGCUGGCCAUUUGGAAGGCUGCCGUCUGCGUCGAGCUAGUGCAGUGUCUGUCCAUUGUCAUGGCCUGCGCUCCGCACCUGAAGCCGUUCAUGGACGGAUUACAGUCCACUGGGCUCCGCUUAUACUACCUCCCAGGCGAGACAUCUGAACGCGGAGAGUACGCUCGCGUAAGCAAAGCGAAGGCUGCUGCACACGAGCUUAGCGGGCACGUUGGGGUAGCCAACAGCACCGCUGUCUCGGCAGGGAGGGAACAGCAGGAUUGGGACGAUACUAUGAGCCACUCCAGCCAGGAUCAUAUCAUUCGAGAGACUAGAACCUGGGUCGUAGAAGAGCAGUAUAGCCCGGAUGCUGCGACAAACCGACCGAUGGACAGUGAGUCCAAUGGUAGCCAUGGACUACACGAAUCAAUUAGCCAUUAG